GCAGCGAUUCCUGUUGUUGCUGUGCUGCGCAUUCAACGUCUCGUGAGUGCCGGAUGAUUCACGCAGCCGAGCGAAAGAGAAAUGAAAAGGGACGCCAAAUCAUUUGCCAUUUCUGGCUGGGGCCGGGGCUGCUGCACUGCACAAUAAUAUCCUCGUCACUUUGCUCGAUGAGCCGAUGAAAAGGUGAAAGAAGAAAAUGCAAAGAAUUCCGGCCGGAUCAGUUUGGGUUGUUUGUUGUUGUACUACAUCAAGUGAAAAGCAGCUGAGCUAGACAAAAAAGGAGGAGAAAGAAGAAGAAGAAGGAAGAGGGUUUGGCCUGGUGAGAGUUGUCGACCAAUGCGGAUGGAGAGGGGGACGACGCCAAGUGGCCGGAUUGGUCGACAAGUAUAGCAAGAACCUGUUCCGGCAUCAUCGUCUGCUGCUGCAGGGAUAGUUGGAUGUACAUAUCCAUCUCGUCUCUCUAUAUUCUUCUUCUUUUUCUCAACGUGCACACGGCGCGCACAGGCAACCGCUCAGCGAAAAACGUUGAACAAGAUCUGCGCAGUUUGUGUGUCUAUUUGAAACUGUUCCGCCGCCGAUCCUUUGCUCGCCCUUGUGUCUCCCUCCCACCCCACCCCACCCUGUGAGUGUGUGUGGCUAUGCGAGGCGGUGGCAAUCACCCUCCCUCUUUUUGGGACCCCAAAGUGGGGAACUGAAAUUGCUAUCCAAUAGACAACUUCUUCUUUUUCCCUCUGUCCCACCCACCACCCACCUCCUGCUCUACCACCCUCCACUCUCUCUAGUCGAUCGUCCUCCUCCCGUUUUUAAUUCUUCGGCUGACUGUCCUGUUAUAGUCGAGCACCAAAAAACGUCGUCACUUGACGUCUACCUGCCCAGUGAAACGGACAUCCUCUCGUUUCUCCUCUUCUUCUCUUCCGUUGCACAAUCGAUCCCGGGACAUUGUGCGUGAAACAACAACAGUCGCAAAAGUGUGUCGCAAGUGAUCACCUCUCGUGUCACGAUUGGGGGGUUGAAAACAAACGAAAAACAGAAAAUUAUUCUGCGAUGAGUCAAGUUCAAGUGGAUUCAUCGCCUUCGGUGAUGGAGUCGAUUGUCGUCGGUAGCAGGAUCGCUAGUCCUACCACUACUACUACUACGGCUUCUGCUUUGCCGGCCUUGCUGCAUCUUCAAGUCCCGCCGCCGCCGGCUACCACCACCACCACUCCGGCCGCAUCAAAACGAUCCAAUUUCAGCAUUUCCAAUCUGCUGGCCACGGAGGAAGACAAGAAAAUCACGGCGGAAUCCAAUGACAAACAGCCGAGAUUGAGCGAUGACGAAUCAAAGAUCAACGAUGGCAGGAUCAUGAGCAGCAGCAUCCAGCCGUCCGGCGUGGGAUCGCCGUUUCUCAACGCUUCAGCUCUGGCUCAUUUGGCCCACCUCCACCAUGGAUCCAAUCCGCCAACCACUUCGUCUUCCUCUAAUUCAGCCAUUCCCGGCUGGCCAGAUUGGCUCGGAUCAGCCGGACUCGGUCCAGACGCCCAUCAAUCCUUGUGGUCUCGUUUGGGAUUAUUGUCGCACUUGUCGAUGCGUCCAUCCGCUCACCAUCCGCAUCAUCCGUCGUCCGGCUCGGCUCCCGGAUCUUCACCGUUCCCCUACGGCGCCGCAAGUCCGGCCGAGUUCGCCAGCAACCUCCAACACUUGCAGCACUUGCACAGCGUCCAGCAGCAAAUCGCCGCUGCGGCCGCCGCUUCCAGUUACUGGACGUCGUUGAAAAGUUCGGCGCUGGCCGGCAGCGGGACCAACAACGGGACUCCAUCGGGUCGCGACGGCCCAGCCGGCCUGGAUCAUUCCCACCAGCACCUGCCGCCGUCUUGGCGCUACGACCAGCACGGCCCACCUCUGUCCAGCAGUCCGCUCUCGCUGACGGGCAAAGCUUACAACCUGGCCAUGAGCGGAAUGGUCGGGAUGGAACCGGCCAACAAAUCGCCGACCCAUCCGUCUUCAUCCGUCACUCCGAUGCUGAACAAACGGAAGCGAUCCAGCGGAAGCGACGACGACGGCGGCCACAAUUCAUCGGCCUCCUUCAAUCACGACGAUGACAAUUUUUCGGACGCUGACAGCAAAAUUGACGUGGGCGGAGUGGACGACACGGACGACAACAAUUCGGUGCAUUACAUGAUGAUGGAGGAAGAGGACGGGUGUUGCGAGGCCAACGGAUCGGGAGUCGAUUCAGAUGGUGAGAGGGACGACCACCUCCACGGCCAUCACGGCCACCACCACGGACAUCAUCAUCAUCACAACAACAACAACAACAAUGGCAGUAAAGGCAAAGGUUGUUCUUCUUCGUCGUCGGCCACCGACGCCGGCCAACACCAGCAGCUACACAACAGCAGCAGCGGGUCCGGACACUCGGCCGGCAGCAACAGCAAACGCAAGAAGAAGACGCGCACCGUCUUCUCACGCAGUCAGGUGUUUCAAUUAGAGUCGACAUUUGAUAUGAAACGAUACCUGUCCAGCUCUGAACGGGCCGGCCUGGCCGCUUCACUCAGCCUGACGGAGACUCAGGUGAAAAUUUGGUUUCAAAAUCGGCGCAACAAAUGGAAGCGCCAAUUGGCCGCCGAGCUGGAAGCCGCCAAUAUGGCGGCCAACAUGGCAGCGGCCGCGGCUGCUGGACACCAGCGCAUCGUCCGCGUUCCCAUCCUCUACCACGAGAACGGUCCCAACAACAAUUCCGGCGUUUCAUCCAACAUGACUACGUCGACUUCCGCAUCUUCUUCCUCUCUCAAUCACCUCCGCCACCCCAUCGGACCCAACACUCCGACCAGCUCCAGCGGAGCUCCGCCCGGCAGCUCUUCCGGCAACCAGCAGGUCAAUUACAGCGGAGGCAACAACAACAAAACCUCUCCGCUAUUAUCCCCUCAACAACAACAGCAACAACAGCAGCAGCAAAACGGGAAUAACAACAACAGUGCGGGAAACAUGGCGGCUCCAUCGUCAGUGACGUCAUCGGGCGCGUCUGCGCAACUCCCGUUCUCGUCGCUGUUCUACACUCACGCGGCGGCGGCAGCGGCGGCCGCUGCAGCCGCGUCGCUCUACAGCAACAGCAGCGGGAGCGGGAGCAGUAGCAGCAGCAGCGUGGGCUCAAUGUCUUCAUCGACCAAUCAGGUUGGGGGCGUUCACCAUCUCCACCAUCACCAGCACAACCCGCAUCACGGACCGGCAGCCGCCGGCAAUUCGUCACGAUCUCCACUCACGGGAAUGGUCUGAUUGGUUCAAAACACUCACGACGGCGUCGUCACAGGAUGAGCCGCUAUAACGGUUUAUUUGAUCUGCUGUACAUCAGCCAAAGUUGCGCUAAUAUCGCUUGAGGGUUUAUUUGAUUAAAAUUGAGUUUGGCGCAUUUAGUCAUUUGCAUCGUCCCAUUUUGUUUUGAAAAAAAAUUAUCAAAAUGAAAAACGCUUUGAUUUCGGUCGAUUGUGUGGAAUCUUUUUUAACUUAAUUUCAUUCCCCUCCGCGUUGAUACUUAAUUACAAUUGCGUUAAAUCUUAGCCGUUUUUUGUUGUGUGUCCGUAUGGUCGGGUCUCUUUUCCAUUGUUGAAUGUUGUCGUUUUCUUCCAUUUUCUUAAUUUAAAAAACAAUUAAAUCUUAUUCGGUUGUGCUAAAUAUUCGCUCAUUUUUAAAAAAGGAAAUGUGUCUCGUCCUCGAUUCUCCCCGUUUGUCGUCAUUCCAUUGGCCGUAUUAUUUUAAAUCUUUUUUUAUUCUCUCCAUCAGCGUGUGUCACUCGACUUAUUAUUAAUGCCGUGCUGUCUAAAUACCCUCGCAUCAUUGACUGUGGCCAUAAUAUAAAAUAUUCCCACCAAAUGGAAAUGGAUAAACAAAUACA